CUUAAACCUGGGUUGCUUCUCCUUUCAGUGGGAUCAGGAAAGUCUUACCAAAAUAUGCUCUAAACGCGCAACAUCAGAGCUUUUUAACCUUAGUUUGGCUAUAAAAAAAAAAUCCUGUCUGCGUGGAAGAAGUUCACAAUAGAAGAAAAAGAAGGAGCAGUUAGAAACCAAUCGCCAGUUGUGCAGGUGGUGCACGUUGUUGAUCGGGGAUCAAAGACUCCAUCCAUUCAUCUCUUACCUCCUAGCUCAGUCUCACCUGGACUCAUCAGGAUGUCCCUGGAGACAUAUUCAGCGCUGGACGAGUCUUCGCUCCGGGCUUUGCUGGAUGGAACCGUGGAUCUGGACGAGAGGCGCCUCAUCCGUUCAGCCAUUCGGGACCUAAGGAGGAGAGAGAUUGAGGACAUGGAGGCCGCUUUGGCGAGCAAAAGAUUCAGACCGACGCGCCUGAAUCAGCAUGAGGACAAGGAGAACCAGCACAGAUCAGAAUCCAGUGACAACUUGAACAUUCUUUCACAAAAGCUACAGUCCAUCCAGGAUGUUGAUGAGCUGACGAAAAUGCUUCGUGCUGCAGCCGAGUAUGAGGAGAGGAAGAUGAUCAGAGCAGCGAUCCGACGAAUCAGGGAUGAGCAGCUGCAAGUUUCUGUGGAAAAGAGUAAAGUUUCUGUCUGCCGCCUGGACAGCACGGAGUCCCAGUGCAUCAUGGGAGCUGCGGAGACGGGGAGUGGCAGUGACCUCCGGGCCCCGACCCAGGAGCUACACGCACAGCAAACACAAUACCAGAGAGAUCCAGCGAGAAAAGGGACGAGCUCCGACUCCGGCAUGGUUCUGGUUCUUGAUCAUCGGGUAAAGGAUGACACUAUGCUGAUCCAGCCUCAGAAGGAAGCUGUGACCCCAGACUCUGACCUGUUAUUGUCCAACCGGACAAGGUCGAACUCCACAGCUUCGGAUCGUAGUGUGACUUCUGUGCACUCUGUGAGCUCAGAGAAGAGUCUGGGCUCAGCCCCCCGAUCCCGGCUGGACUCUGGAGCCUCGGACAGGAGCCAGAGUUCCUUCCAGCGGGGUCGCCUUGACUCUGGCGGAUCAGAGCGCAGCAUCGGCUCCCUGUCUUCUGCCAGACAGAGGCUGGGAUCAGAUGUCUCCGAUUCAUGUGUCAGACCUCGUUUGGGGUCUGUGAAUAAAGACGGCAUGGGUGUGUUAUCUAGAGGUCGGUUGGACUCUGUGACAUCCAGCCUCAGCGUGGGUUUGUCUUCUGAGGAGAAGGCUCCAUUGGAGGAUGUAGAGAGAACAGGAAGUGGUUCAGGCAGCAGCACUGACUCAGAACCUGAGAAAAGCCAAAUUCCUGCCAGCAGUCAGAACCGAUGUAACCAGGAACUCCAUCCUAACCAGGAUGGACCUGAUGGGGCUGUUCUAUCUCAAAGUGGUCCUGUGAAUGGGCUCCACAAUGACCACACUCAGGGAAAUUUAAACUUCAAGAAGAUAACAUCUGAUGGAAAUCUGACAUUCCCUCAUGGCAAGGCCAAGGAAACGGCACCUGAAAAGAAAGAUGUCAUCUUGGAGAAUUUCAGUCGCACCAACUCUGUUCGUGACCGAAUGCGCAAGUUCACAGAAGCCAGCCAAAGCCCAAACCCCCCAGUUCUGAAGAAGAACCCUCUGAGGAACGGAACCACCUCUGGCCUUAACAAUUUCUCCAGAGCUGCAGAGCUUUUUGCUCAGACAUCAGCAACCUCCAGCAAAUCUAAAGACAAACCCACUAAGACAACUGUAGGAUCAGGUUCUAACACCUCUGCUGUGUCCCAGAGCCCAGCUGCACCUCAGCCCCUCAAAGGAGGGGCCGAAGGACCUCUGUCUUCAGCCAGCCAAUCACAAGCCUCCCUGGGUGGGACGAGGCUACCCGCUGAAAAAGAUGUGCCUGUCUGUGCUGAAUUAAAGGAAGACAGGACCCUAGGGAGAGCAGCUGAGAAAGAGAUCCCUGAGGGAGAGGAAGACCCCGACAUGAAGACUUUCCUCACGAUUGAGAUCAAGGAUGGGCGCACCACCACCAACUCCUCAUCCACCGCUUCAACGCCAAGAGGCAGCAUGAUGCCUAUCACCAGCAUGACCCCCCGCAUCACCACUCUGGGACAAAGACCAGAGUUGACCCUUGGCCUAAGAGCUACACCGUUCAAGAUCUCCUCAUCUAUGUUCCCUUCUGGAUCCUCCAUUAAGAUGGAGACUGAACCUGUUGUUGGCUCGGAGUCAUUAUUUUCAGCUGCUCAAUCCAAGCUUGUGACAUGUUCCGUCCCCACCAUCCCCAACGGCUUCAGCACCCAGACCAAAGCCAUUGAAAGCUCUGGAAAACUCACUGCUGAAAAGCUCGCUGCCAUUGAGGAUGAGGAGCUCCUGGACAAGAUGCUGGAUGAGUCCAAAGAUUUCGAGGAGAGGAAGAUGAUCCGUGCCGCCAUGAGAGACCUUCGCAAGAGAAAGAGAGAGGCCAUGCUGGGAUGUAGCCAGGAGGAAAUGGACCAAAGAGAGAAGGAGCGUGACACUCGUCUGCAGGAGCUGCGACAACAGAGAGAGGAGAGGGCGCAGAAAGGCCGCGCCGGACCCGGAGCUGGAGAGGUGGUGAUAAGGAAGAUGGAGAAGUCGGCUGACGGUUCGACCCUCAGCCAAGUGACAAAGACAAAUCGUUUCGCCCAGUCCGAUGAUGGGAGCAAAUCAACACGCAGCACAGUUGUAGAAACCAGUUAUGUACAGAAGACAGACAGAGGAACAGUCCAAUCCAAAUCCUACAGCUUCACCUCCUCAUCCUCCUCCAACACAAGCAAAAAAGUUGGCAGCGUGUUUGAUCGUGAAGAUGAGAUGACGUCUAAAACUGGUGGCAGCGGCGGUUUGUCCGCUGUCGAGCGACGGCAGGCGGAGAAGCGCAGAGAGCUGAUGAGAGCCCAGACGAUGCCUAAGACAUCCGCCAUGCAGACUCGGAAAGCCAUGAUAGAGAAGCUGGAAAAAGAAGGAGGAGGCCCUGGAAAUCAGGCAGUAGCCAAGGUAAACAAGGUGCAGCGCUCCACUAGCUUUGGUGUUCCCAACGCAAACUCCAUCAAGCAGAUGCUGCUUGACUGGUGUCGUGCGAAGACACGCUCGUAUGAGAACGUGGACAUUCAGAACUUUUCUUCCAGCUGGAGCAAUGGUAUGGCGUUUUGUGCCCUGGUGCACAAUUUCUUCCCUGACGCCUUCGACUAUGACUCUCUGAGCCCCAGCAACCGGAGGCAAAACUUUGAGGUGGCCUUCAGUGCUGCAGAGAAACUAGUGGACUGCCCCCAGCUGUUGGACGUGGACGACAUGGUGAAGAUGCGUGAGCCGGAUUGGAAGUGUGUGUACACGUACCUGCAGGAGUUCUACAGGGGCCUGGUGACGAAGGGCCUGGUUAAAACCAAAAAUUCCUCCUAGAAUUGCUCCUCAACUAAAACAAAACCCAUGGACCUACGCCAACUGCAUGCCUUUGCUAGAAGUGGAGGACAUGAUGAUCAUGGGUAACAAACCAGACUCCAAAUGCGUCUUCACCUAUGUGCAGUCUCUGGUGAACCACCUCCGCAGAUACGAGAUGUCCAUGGGCCGUCCCUGCGACCUCUGACCUGUGGCCUGCGCUCAUUCGCCUCUCUGACGGACGCGUCAGAGAUUCUGUGUGUGUGUUUGUCUUUUGCUUCUAACGUGUUGGCAACGCUGUGUUGUUUCUUCUUAAACAAUCUUUGCUGACAUGGGCUCUACCUCUAUAGCAGACAGAGAGGACGCGUUCAUUUUAAGAAAAAAAAAUAUUUUAAGGUUUUUGAUUCUGUGUUUUUUCUGUAUUUAAACUUGGUUCAGUGCAGAUUUCAGCUGCUGUACUGUCGGUGUUAACAUCCUUAUAUCCCCCUUUAAAACAAAAAAAGUGUUUUUAAAGUAUCCCCUCUUUUAACUCUUAUUUUUUUCUGAUGUUCUUGUAGUUCUCUCUGCAGCUUAGUUGGUAAAUCCACUGAAACAUUUCACAAGUAUUUGAAGCUGCAUUUCCUUUCUGUUCUGGUACUUUUCCACCUCAUUUGGAACCGAAUUCCGGUUAUUUUAAGUUAUUUUUUUUAGCUAAAAAGUGUACUAAGUUUUAAAUAAUGUGCAUAUAGGGGUUUGUCCUGAUUAUUAAAAAGGAUUGAACAUUGUUAGACCAAUCACAUGCUUUAAGAAAAUAACUUCCUGUGCAGAGCUGCUGAUGAAACCAUGUCAUUAUGAAAACUGAACUGGUUCAGGACAACGCUGGCUUAGUUGGAGUCUGAUGUCUCCGAGCUGAAAGCACAUUUAAAGAAAAUCUACCACACUGUUUAACCCCCAGAAGUAUGAUAUGUUCAUUUCCAAAUUGCAAGACUUCCAAUCAGAGAUUUUAUUUAUGCUUUAUAUAUAUAUUUUAUUUUUUUUGCAGGUAUUUUAGUUUGAGCUUUAAGCUGUUAAGCAGUUAGUUAAAGU